AUUUAAAAGUCGUGUCACUACGGGGUGGAGACAGAAAACAUAAAUAUGACUCACCUGGUUAGCGCCAUCAUCAGUCGAGUAGUACAUACCUUUGGAGAAGACGUGGAAAAAUGAGGACAUUUACAAGACUUGCACUUGCCUUGCUUUGUGUUGCCGUUGCGGUACACGGAGACAAUUUCCUUCCUGGUGAAGGGGAACAGGUUGACUGUACACUGCACAACCUACCCAUGUGUUCACGCGACUAUAAUCCAAUUUGUGGAUCCGACGGUGUCACCUAUCCCAACGAAUGCAUGCUGUGUUUAGACAACGAGGAGAACCAGCGAAACGUGUUGAUUAGGAGCAAGGGGAUAUGCUGAACUGACGAAGAACAAAAUGACCAACCUUCCCGGAAUGAGAAAUCCUUUUAUCGUGGAUUUAAUUUCUAGACUAAGCCUAUUAAUCACCUGGCAUUCCUAUGCGACUGCAAAGUAGUAUUUAAGCAAUGAAAAGUUUAAACUGUACUCUUGUCUCCAUGUGUUCUUCUACGUAGGUUUUUCCCAGUGAUUUUAGUUUUUCCUGUUCAGAUGUAGACCUACUCUAUUUAAUUUUGUUUUAAAAUAACAUAAAUAAUUAAAGCCUUUUAUUC